AUGAUCACCAGUAAUUUGUCUGUUUACGUUGUCGUGAAUUUAAAUAAUUGUCUGACUCUGCCAAUCUGCGCAGAGAGCUGCGGGGGGCUGGCGGCCGGGGAGGAGGCUACGGAGGCCGGGCAGGGCCGCGCGGAGAGGCCCGGGCCGGGGCCGGGGCCGAAGCCGCGGAGCCGGCGGCGGCCCCGCGUGCUCUUCUCCCAGGCGCAGGGGGGGCAGCAGCACCACCUCCACCCACCGCCGCCGCCUCGCCGCGUGGCCGUGCCCGUGCUGGUCCGCGACGGGAAGCCGUGCCUGGGCGGGACGCAGGGCUACGCGGCCGGGGGAGGGGCGGCCGCCUACGGAUCCGGGCCCUACGGCUACGGAGGGUACCCGGCCUACAGCUACGGGGGGGGGGGGGCCCCCCCCGCGUACAACAGCAACUACAGCUGCACGUACAGCGGCAUCCCCGCGCUGCCCCCCACCGGGAACCCCAACGCCUUCGUGAGCGUGAACUUGGGGAACGCGGGCGGCCUCGGAGGCUCCGCGCCGGCCCAGGCGCACCAGGCGACGGCCGUCACGUCCUGCCAGGGCUCCCUGCAGGGGAUCCGGGCCUGGUAG